AUGUCCGAUGGUGGGAGGGACGUACCGCGAAGUGGGAAUUUGAAUUUACGUUCAGGAGUGCGUAGUCCGCCGGCGAACUUACAGCCGAAGGAUCUACAGAAGCUCGAGCUUAGCUUCAUAGAGCUAAACAAGGAACGCGCAAAACAAAAGGAAUGGAAAAAGUUAAUUCGCGACAUGGUGUUCCAGAGAGGGAAGAUACCGCUGCUGCUGGCGGUGGAGGCCGGCAACCAGAGCAUGGUCCGCGAGCUUCUCAGCGCGCAAACUGCCGAACAGCUCAAGGCAUGCACACCAGCCGGCGAUACAGCUCUUCAUUUAGCAGCUCGACGUCGAGAUGUGGACAUGGCCCGUAUAUUGGUAGACUACGGAGCGGCAGUGGAUGCGGUCAAUGGUGCAGGUCAAACGGCUCUGCACAUAGCAGCUGCUGAAGGCGAUGAACCUUUAGUCAAAUACUUCUAUGGCGUAAGAGCAAAUGCUGGUAUAGCUGAUAAUGAAGAUCGAACACCAAUGCAUUUGGCUGCCGAAAAUGGUCACGCAGGCAUCAUAGAACUAUUAGCCGACAAAUUCAAAGCCUCUAUCUUCGAGCGGACUAAAGAUGGAAGUACCCUCAUGCAUAUCGCGUCACUUAAUGGCCACGCCGAUUGUGCUAUGAUGCUCUUCAAGAAAGGGGUGUAUCUUCACAUGCCUAAUAAGGAUGGCGCUAGAAGUAUCCACACAGCAGCCCGGUAUGGUCACGUGGGAAUCAUCAACACUUUGCUACAGAAAGGAGAAAGUGUCGACGUUACUACCAAUUCACGAAUGAAGAAAAUUAUGCAGUUAAUAUCACCACUUCCCAUAUCAGAAGAUAGUAAUUCUGGAACUGCUUUUCCCGAGAACAUACAGCAAGAUACAGAGGCCCCAGCUUUAGAUCAAAUCUCACCAACAGACAGCUACAGCGAUAUUGACAUGGACCCAAUAAUAACUGAUACGACAUCACCUUCGUUGAUCGAUUAUAUUUGUGAUACCGAUUUAAAUUCUGAGCUCAAUACUAACUCAUUAUUAACACUAUUACCUCAAACUAAACUUGUCGAAUACAGUGAUUCAGACACUGAGAAUACUUACACUUUACUGGAUUUAGAUAACCAGAACAUAAAGGACUUAACUUAUGAUUCUACUUUGCCAGCUUUCAUUGAUCAACUGAUACAGCCGAGGACCAGUUCACUGUUUGACCAACCAGAACAAAAUAUGUCCAAGAAUUUGGAGACCCACGACAGCAUUGCCUGUAUUGAUAGCGAAGAUUCAUGGAAGCCUGCCUCAUCGUCCAGUGAUUCGGAUGACGAUAAGUCCGUUCAAACAAUAGAAGAAGAAACAAGUGUUGGUAAAAAAGGAUAUAGGAAAAUAAAACCUUUACCAAAACGACUUUUAGCAAAAAAAAAUCGUAACGCUGCUGUAGGGAAAUCUGUGCAAUCAAACCCUUGUAUGAAUAAAAAAUGUGGUAACUCAUGUGCAAAUAAAUUUACAGAAGAUGAUCGCAAUAAUAUUUUUGAAAACUAUUGGGGAUUAGGUUGUGAUAAAAGACAAAAAGAUUUCCUGCUGUCAUGUGCUAAAGAAAAACCGAUUGGAAGAAAAAGAUCCAGUAGUAAUAUCCGUAAAAUAUCAUACGAUUAUUUUAUCAGCUACAAUGGACAGAAAGUUAAAGUAUGUCAACAAUUUUUGCUUAAGACCCUAAACAUAUCCCAAAUGUCUAUGAGAUAUACCAUCGAAAAUGCCAAUAAAACUCUGAAUACCACUCGCGAUGGCAGAAGAACUAGUCGUCCUCAUAAUAAAUCUGAUGAGGUAGAAGUCGCACAGUUAAAAUUAUUUAUUGAGAUGUUGCCUGCUGUUCCAUCCCAUUAUUGUCGCAAUAAAAGCACUAAAGUAUAUUUACCUCAAGAAUUUCAAAAUAUAUCGUUUUUGUAUUUACAGUAUGUUAAUUACGUAAAAGAAAAUAAUCCAGAAUCAUCAGUAUUAUCAAAAAGAGUAUUUCGUAACAUUUUUAAAAAGGAUUUUAAUAUCGGAUUCCAUCUGCCAAAAAAAGAUAAAUGUGCUUUUUGUGAGAAGUGCAAAAAUUUAUCACCUGAACACAAAAUUAUUUUUGAACAAACACCUGAAUAUAAAAAUCACAUUCUAGAUAAAGAAAAAUGUAAGCAACUGUUUUUAGAAGACCAAAAAAUGAGCAAAUUAACUGAUUCUAACUCCUUGUGCGUAAGUUUUGAUUUAGAAAAAGUUCUGAAUACUCCACACGGUAAAAGUGUUACCCUAUACUAUUCCAGGAAGUAUGCAUACUAUAAUGAAAGUAUAUACGAAAGUGGUACAAGGGAAGGUUACUGUUACCUGUGGGGUGAACGCGACGGAAAAAGGGGCUGUAAUGAAAUCGUUACAGUCCUUUUUAAAUACUUGAUUAUGGUAGACCAAAGAGGUACCCAUACAGAGAUAAAUUUAUACUCCGAUAGCUGUGCCGGGCAAAAUAGGAAUCGCGCAAUGAUAUCCAUGUUAAUUCAUUUCUUGAAAACCGCAAUUACUAUUACACGAAUAAAGGUAACUUAUCUUUUACCGGGACACACCAUGAUGCCUGUUGAUUCUAUUCAUAGCACUAUUGAAAAUUUUGUGCGUAAUAAAACAGUAUGGGCUCCUUCUGAGUGGCCAACUAUGAUUACUAAUGCUAGAAAUAAGCCUAGAAACUACAUUAUAAAUGUUUUAAACUACGGAGACUUCAUGGAUUGGAAGAAUUUUUCGCAAGCUUUAUUACCGGCUAAAUUUAAAAUUAAUUUUAGUUCAUUAAGGGCGGUGCAAUUUCAUAAAAAUAAUCCUAUUAUUAAAUUUCAAUACGGUUUUUUCGAAGAUAGUGACAAUUACGAAAUAAACAUGGAUUUCAUCAUCAGAUCAAGAGCAAACAAAGCUAUUGUCGAAAAGGGGCCUACACCUUUAUACGUCGAAGAGCUCAAACUUUCAUCAGCUAAAUACCAAGAUUUACAGGAUCUGUGUAACAAAAACUUGAUUCCAAACAGAUACCAUCAAGAAUAUUUAAGUAUGAAGCAUGAUGGAAACGUACGUGAUGCUUUAGCUGAAACAGAUGAGGAUGAGGAGAUUUAA